CAUUCUUUGUAUAGUGUAUGUGUUUGUGUAAGUAGGUAAUUUAGUUCGUCUCUUUUCUAUUUAAUUAAAAAUGACUGGACGUGGUAAAGGAGGAAAGGGUCUUGGAAAAGGUGGCGCAAAACGUCAUCGUAAAGUACUAAGAGAUAACAUUCAAGGUAUUACUAAACCAGCAAUCAGAAGAUUAGCAAGACGCGGAGGUGUCAAACGUCUUAUAUAUGAAGAAACUAGAGGUGUGUUAAAGGUAUUUUUGGAAAACGUUAUUAGGGACGCCGUUACGUACACUGAACACGCCAAAAGAAAAACUGUAACAGCUAUGGACGUAGUAUACGCAUUAAAACGUCAAGGACGUACUCUAUACGGGUUUGGAGGUUAAUUAAAUAUCGAAUCAUUCAAUCAAACAAACAUAUUA